AUGGUGAUGAAGGGUAACUGUGAUGAUGACUGCGGAAGUGGUGGUGAUAAUCGUCAUAGCGGUUAUAGUAUGCACUUGGCGAGCGCUUCGGCCGGCGCGCGCCCGGCGGAACGCGACGAGGGACCCGACGAGCGUUUUUGUGCAGCAUGGACCGGGGUGGGCGUGGACGCAGGUGCGGGCGUGGGAGGGAGUCUGGGCAUGGGCGUGGGAGAAGGUCUAGGUGUGGGCGUGGGCACGAGUGUGGGCGUGAGAGUGGUUCUGGGUGUGGGCGUGGCAGUAGGCUUAAGUGUUGGUACGAACGUGCACAACGGCGGCGGCGCGGAACCCAGAGGAGGCGUGAGAACCAUGAAUAAAUCAUCGAGUGUGAGUGACGUCAUGGCUUCGGAGGUUAAACCGUUUAUAUCGAAAUCUUGA